GGUGGACUAUUUUUGAGACUAUAAAUUUGUAAAGGUUCUGUGUUACAAUUAAUUCUACCACUAUAAAUUUGUAAAUUUUUAUUAGUUAUUGGUGAGUGCCAAGAGUCAGUACUUGAUUCCUUGGUACUUUUCUGGAUGAUAUCACCCUCAAUAAGCUUGACCAAAAAGGAGCAAACCUAUUUACACUUCCAUCCACAUCACUGUAUCAUAUUGGUGAAGAUUUCUGUAAAAUUGACCAUAAUUAUUUCAAAAAUAUUUUCAGGUUAUCCUUUUGUUUCAGAAAAUUGAAGGAGUUGAUGUCUGCCUAUUUGGCAUGUAUGUCCAAGAGUUCGGCUCAGAGUGUGGUUACCCAAAUAAUCGCUGUGUUUACAUCUCAUAUAUUGAUUCCGUCAAGUACUUUAGACCCGAGAGAGAAACUGCAUCUGGAGAGGCUCUUAGAACCUUUGUUUACCAUGAGCUACUGAUGGGAUAUCUUGAAUACUGUAAGAAGCAAGGUUUUGCAACCUGCUAUUUAUGGGCCUGCCCCCCUUUGAAGGGAGAAGAUUAUAUCCUGUAUUGCCAUCCAGAAAAUCAGAAGACACCAAAAUCUGACAAGCUGCGCCGCUGGUAUCACUCACUGCUUAGGAAAGCAACUAAACAAGAAAUAGUGCAUGGUUUUACUAACUUAUAUGAUCAUUUCUUCAUGCCUACCGGACUCUGUAACUCAAAGGUUACAGCCGCUCGACUGCCAUAUUUUGAUGGUGACUUUUGGUCUGAUGCUGCUGAGGAUCUUAUUAAAAAUAUAGAACGAGAAAGUGGAGAAGAAUCACAGAGGAAAGUGAAGAACAUGAUGAGAAAGAGAACACUAAAAGCCAUGGGACAUACAAAUCUGUCAGAUUGUGCGGCAAAAGAUAUUAUAUUGAUGCAGAAGCUGGGCCAAACAAUCUUACCAGUUAAGGAGGAUUUUAUUGUUGCCCACCUACAGUUUGUCUGUGCACACUGUCAUGAAGUGAUAUUAUCUGGAUGGCGAUGGUUUUGCAGCCAGUGCAAAAACUUUCAGCUAUGUGAAAGAUGCCUUGAUGUGGAGAAAAAGCUCAGUGGAGAAGACACUCACACAUUCAAUAUCAAGGAGAAGCAUUUUCUCACUAAGGCAAUGGUGGAUGAUGUACCAUCUACUACCAGUGAUAAUGACAUCACUCUAGAUAAUGGCUUGUUUGAAAAUAGGCAUGCAUUUUUGAAUUUUUGCCAGAGAAAUCAUUACCAAUUUAACACACUUCGCCGGGGCAAGCAUUCAUCAAUGAUGAUCCUGUAUCAUCUACACAAUCCAGCCUUGCUGACUCCUGGAAUCUCCGGUUGUGCUGGGACCAUCUGCAGAAUUUGCCAUAUGACUAUUGUGGUAGAUGAUUACUGGAUAUGUGAUAUUUGCCCCAGUUUUAAUGUUUGUGUUGCAUGUCGUCUGGAAAAAGGUGCUGCUGCUCAUAUUCAUGCGUUAAUGCAGUCCUCUUCUACAGUUAACUACAGGAGAAAGAGCAAACGAUCACAGCCGUUGUUUCUGGUAAAAGAACUUCUUGCUGUUUUAAAGCAUGCCUCUGGAUGUAAUGCAACCAAAACCAAUCCUUGUUCUUACCCCAGCUGCCGCCUGAUCAAAAGUUUGUUCAUCCAUGUAAAGAACUGCACUAUUCGGGCUGCUGGGGGCUGCCAAUACUGUAAGAAGGCUUGGUUUGGUUUGUGCGUGCACUCCAAUAACUGUAUAGAACCCGAUUGUAAAAUUCCCCGCUGCAGGGAUCUGAAGAAGCAUGCAGAAAUGUUGUCAAAGCUGUCAGAAUCUAACCUCAGGGCUGCUGUUGUAGAGUUUGACUUGGGUAGAAAUCAACCGAGGUUAUGAAAGCCGUUGAUCUAUCCCAAAAAUUGUACAAACGUUGCAGGAUUAUUAACAGCCUGACCAAACCAUGAAAGGCGAAGUGCCAUAUAAACAGAUAGGCAAGGAUAUUUACUGGGGCGGUAAUAAGAUACACUUGAGAUUUUAUCAAACUACUGAUGGGUUCUUUUCGCCUCAUCAGUAGCUCGAAGCAGUGUCUUGUAUAAAAACGAGAUGAACCAUUCCUUUCCCACCCCCCGUAAUAAUCUUUCCCUUUUUCGGCUUGUAUGGGUUUCUUGUAUGUUUAAGUUUCUUUUUUUCGGUUGCCAUAGCAAUUUUGAUCUAUGAGAGGCGGUAGAAGAAACGCGAAGAAUAAUGUAUAUAAAGGAGAGAAGAGAUAAGCAAGUGGUUUACUAAGCAGCCAACUGAGUUUGAAUCUCAUUCCAAAUGUAAUGCAGAAGAAACCAUUUGCACCAACAAUCCUACAUUGUUGUUGUAAGCAAUUAUUUUAAAGCCA